CCGCCGCUAUAUUUGUAAAGUUCACGAUUGAGAGCGGACGUGUUUUUUUGUUUGCUGCACACACACAACAAUAAACACAAAGGUGCAAAACGUGCCACAGGAUCCAUUUGCAACUCGUAAAUUCAAAUUGUAGUUUUUUGUGCACACUCGUCAUCAAAAUAAAUACAAAUCGAAAAUUCAAAAAAAAAAUAAAAAUCAAAAUACGUGAGUCCGCAGCAAACUUUUGUUGAUUGAAAUGCAGCACGCGCAAAGCAAUAACAAUAACACCAACUACAACCAUUACAACUACAACUACAACAACAAUAACGAACUACAACUUAACUAGCAAAUAUCAAAAGUUUCAAGAAGCCGCCAUAACAACAAAUACUGCAAAGUGCAAAUACAAAAAACAAAAACAAAAAACAACAACAAUAAUAAUAUUGCAAAAACAAAAACUAAAUAAAUUCAUCGCAAUCAAUUUCUCAAGUCAGCAAAAGAAAAGAGUUUAAAUUCAAAUACAAAAAAAAGGCAAAAUCGAAUAAUACACAAAAAAAAAAACCAAAACUAAAACACAUACAACAAAAGAUAAAGCAAUUGUUUUUGCACUCUGUCCAGUGAAAUACGAGCGAGCGAGAGCGAGUAACAAGAAGGAGCAGAGCUGAAGAGAGGAGCGAGAGUGAGAGAGCAAAGGCCCAUCAAAUAAUCAUAAUAACAACAACAACAAAAUGUCGGCGCGAAUUGUGAAAAAACCUACUUCGAUUUUUGGCGGCGGCAAUUCACCAUAUUUCGAUUGCGGCGACAUUCUCCAAGCGGUUGCCAGUGAUCUGCAGCAGCAGCAGCAGCAGCAACCGGAUCACAUCCUGCUCGACGCCAGCAUGGAACAGCAGCAACAACAACAACAACAACAGCAGCAGAGUCGCCAACGUCGCCUGCACGGUUUACUCACACGCACAAUUUCACAGCCAACACAGCAUCAGGUGAAUCAGUUGAACCAACAACAGCAGCAGCAACAACAACAACAGCAACCGAAUGCUUCGCUGGUGACAAUUAUCGAGGAUCUGAACAGCAUGAAUCUGCAUCGCAAGCUGGAGAGAACGCAGUCGGAGCCGCUGCCGCCGCAGCAGCCAAUGAACACAUCGCGCUACAAGACGGAGCUGUGCCGUCCCUACGAGGAGGCAGGGGAGUGCAAGUACGGGGAGAAGUGUCAAUUCGCCCAUGGUUACCACGAGUUGCGUAAUUUGCAGCGUCAUCCCAAGUACAAGACCGAAUACUGUCGCACCUUCCACAGCGUUGGCUUCUGUCCCUACGGACCGCGUUGCCACUUUGUGCACAAUGCGGACGAGGCGCGUGCCCAACAGCAACAACAGCAACAACAACAACAACAACAACAACAGCAGCAACAACAACAGCAACAACAAGCUCAAGGCAAAUCGUCAGCGUUUGCUUCGCCAACUGGCAACAACAAUUCACCAAGCAGCAACAACAACAACAACAUUUCGAGUGGCAACAUCAGUCAAUACUUCUUGCCACUGAGUCCGCCACUGAGCAUGAGCACGGGAUCCGAUCGCGAGUCUCCCACUGGAUCGUUGUCGCUCUCGCCCACAAAUUCGCUCACAAAUUUCCCAUUCCACGAUGCGGUUGCCUAUUUGAACAUGCCACCAAAUGGGGCAGGCGGUGGCAGUGUGGCAACAAAUGCAGUUGGUGGCAUCUUGAAUGGAGCUGGAGGAUCGACAUCAUCAUCAUCGGCAUCGGCAUCGUCCACCUCGUCACCCCCCACGCCCCCCGACAGCCCAAAUGCGCCCAUUUCGCCUGUGCACACGCCACCGCCAUCGUCACAGCAACAACAACAGCAACAACAACAACAACAACUCUAUCAGGAGGUGCAACAUCAUCAGGUGCACAAGCAGCUGGUGCAGAAGAGCGUCAGCUCGCCAAUGCACUUGCAACAACAUCACCUGCAACAACAACAACAACAGCAACAUGAGGAGGCGCCUCGCUUGCCGGUGUUCAAUCGUCUCAGCUCAGCUGUGGAGACUUAUCAGCAGCACUCCAAUCUGGGACUAUAAAAAGUGCAUUCCCCUCCUCCUCCCCCCUUUCACCCUUUCCCACCCCCUUCCACUGCUACCGACAACAAUCUCAACAACAACAACUUCAUCUAAGAACCCUUUUUAUGGCAAGCACACAUUUUCCCUCCCCCCUCCACACCCUUCUGUUUUAACAACACUUUUUCAAACUCUUUCUCUCUCCCUCUCUCUCUCUGUUAUGGCAGCCAUAUUGCACUAUUGUCAUCUCACUCACACUGUUAACUAAUGCUUGCAUUAAUUUGCCUCUAUUGUCAUCUCACUCACACUCAAACAGCAAAGUGCAAGCUAUCGAUAUCGAUAUAAUGUUAUCGAGCGACAAGUUCGCUCUCAAUUUUGCUCAAACGCUCCCCCUCCCCUCUCCCUCUCUCUUUCGCACUUUGUCGCUUUUGUUUAAUAUAUUUAUAUGCAACCAAUUACACACACACACACACACACACACACACAAUUUAAGCUUAAGUUUAGUUAAGUUAAGCUCAAGUCAGCGCCUUUUUACUGUUAAUCGAGUCGCGCGUCUUCCAACAACAACAAAAACACAAAAACA